AGCGAGGGAGGGAACAUAAACAUGAGAAGUGGUACACAGCCGUUCAUUCUGCGCUAAAUCUGAUGUUUUUUCAGACUAGCUCAAACACGAAUAUGCACGGGAUCAUUUGAAUUACCCAUCAGACGCCCUUGGACACUGGUAAUGCUCAUUGAAGGUGAAGAAGAAAGCAGGAGGAAUUGCUCCAGGAGGAACAACUUGCAUAUUAUUGUAAAGAUGGAGAUUGAGGAAGAACCCUGCAGAAUGAGAGAUGAAGAUACAGAGGAACAAACAGACUCGAUGGAAGUGAAUGGAGACAAACACCAUGGGUUUCAUAAACCUCAUCAUUUCAAAAAUGAAGAUGGAAAUGCAGUUGUUAUAAAGACUGAAGAGAAUUUCACACAAAAACAAGCUGGAAAAUCUGGAGUCAAAGAACUUUUCAUCUGCACCGAGUGUGGAAAAUGUUACAUGCAUAAAUCAGACCUUCAGCGACACAUGAGAAUUCACACUGGAGAAAAUCUGUUCACAUGUAUUCAGUGUGGAAAGAGUUUCAUACAUAAAAGACACCUAAGUGAGCACAUGAGAGUUCACACUGGAGAAAGACCGUUCCCAUGCUCUCAGUGUGGAAAGAGUUUCAAACGCAAAAGCGUUCUCAACAAUCAUAUGUACUCUCACUCUGGAGUAAAAUCAUUCAGCUGUGAUCAGUGUGAUAAAACAUUUGUUUUGGCUUCAAGCUUAAGAGCACACCUUAAAGUUCAUGUAGAUGUGAAGCCACACAUUUGUUCUCUCUGUGGAAAGAGUUUUUCUGAACUGCACUCUUUAAAACAGCACGAGCGUGUACAUACUGGUGAGAGACCUCAUAUGUGCUCUGACUGUGGGAAGACCUACACUACAUCCAGUGCCUUAAAAUCACACCAGAGAAUUCAUACUGGAGAGAAACCGUACAAGUGCUCACACUGUGGAAAGAGGUUCUCUUACUCAAAAUCCUUGAAAGAUCAUGAGAGAGUUCAUACUGGAGAGAAGCCGCACCAGUGCUCUUCAUGUGGGAAGAGUUUCAGCCAAAUCUCUCAUCUACAGACUCAUAAGAAAAAGCAUUGCCCGAAGUUGCCUCAAUAAGGAAAUGUUCAUGUUCAGAUCACUCACUCACAAAUAAUACACUUACAAGUAAAUUAUAUAACAUUCAGAUUAAAGAUGCACUAUGUAACUUUUUUUUUGUUCAAAAUGAUACACCAAUACACCAUCAAUCCUUCUUUCAAAACAUGAUUUUGUCCUACCUUUAUUCACUAUGGUAAGCCUGUUGUGUUUAUAUAUUAAACUGUGUCUUGUCAUAUCUGUAAAUAGAGAAAAGUUGCUCCAGCUACUUUGACCAAUGUGGGAGUGGCACAGGUUAGUUGUCACUACAAGCCAGAAAGGUUGAGCAGCUAAAUCUCAAACCUCUGGGGAAUCACCCAUUUUAAACAAAUGCCGACCAAAGGAGAUUCUGCUGACAAAAAGAGAAAGACAAGAGCUUGCAAUAAAACAAGAAUCAACAUUAGCUUUUUGGAGAUGGAGAGAACUGAGGGAUUUGAAAUGUUGUUGAAGAGUUGGAUUCUGGAAUCCACUGCCGCCUCAAUAUAUAACUUUUGAGUGUUUUAUAAUCAAGUUAUUCUUCUAAAUAUUAAAUUAUUUGAAUUACUUCUUCAACGUAUGUUAAAGCAUUUAUUUUCAUUUUCAUUUUCAAACACUGGAGAAUAAUGAUGAAUAUUGUCUGUACCUCUCACUGAGAGAAAAGUACAACUUAUCAGUAUGUUUUGGGAAUAUUUCCUGUUAUAGUUAAAGCUCGGGCCAACUUCAACCUUGAAGAAGCUGUGAAUUGUGUAUCUUUGUAUGU